CUCACGGGACGCGAUAACCUCUAGAGAAGCCUGCUCCAAAGAAAGCAACUCCCAAGCAGCCAAUAAAGCAGCUGCCUGCUCCAACAGAACACUCGAGUUCCGAUUCGACGGAGACACAGUGACACAGUGAAAAACCAGUGAAGAGUAAACUCUUAAAGACAAAAUAAACUAAACUGAAAUGGAUAAUCUUUCGGCGAACAACGGCUCCAAGUCGAGCUCCAGCGGCAGCUCGGCGGCCAGCUCAUCGAUGGAUCUGGGCAGUGGCAAGCAGCGCCAUCAGCGCGGCCAGAAGAAGCUCUCCCGCAGCCGGAGUCUGCUGCAGUUGCUCAGCAGGACGCUGGGCAAGCACUUCCACCACCAUUCGCAUCAUCCGCAGCACGAGACGGUCUACAGCAGCCAGGACGACAUCCGCAGCAGCUCCACGGACUCCUUCAGCCUGAGCUACGAGCGCGGCUCCCACGAAUGCACCGGCGGCAUGUCCAUGCACAUGAACGGGGGCUCCAGCCAGGAUCUGGAGGAGCACACCUCGAGGGCCUCCCCGGCCUCGGGAUACUCGCGGUACUCGCCCACGGGGCUCGACUACUACGACAACCAGGGGCACAUCUACGUGGAUGCCGUCUUCCGGCCGGGCAGCGCCAUGGAGCAGCUGCAUCCCCAGAUGCACUACGACGAGGACAGAAGCGAGGGCGGCAGCAGCGAGGGCAGCAGCAGCAACGAGGGCGAGGGAGAGGGCGACAACGACGGCGACAAUGAGCGCGAGGAUGAGAACGAGAACGAUAAUGAGAAUGAGAACAGGAACAGGAAGCAAAGAUCCCCAUCGGCGGCAUCCGCCUCCGCUUCCGCCUCCAAAUCGCACGGUCUCCAUCUCAGCCGCAUCUCCAUCUCCUCGUCGGUCAGCCGGAUGCUCCAGCACUUCUCCAGCUCGGCGGCCACCACUGCAAACGCCUCGCUGCGCUCCCUCUCCUGCAGCAGCACGCCCCUGCAUCGGCAGCUGAAGAAGAAGUCCCUCUCGCCCCACAACUCCAACAGCAGCAGCAGCAGCAGCCACUCCAGCAACUCCAGCGCCAAGUCCACCUCCUCGAAGAAGGACAAGAAGCAGCAGAGCAUCCUGCGGCCGCCAGUGCAGUAUGUCUACAUGAAGGGCAUGUCCGGCCUCUACUCGCGAGUGCCCAGCUAUGCGGUCUGCUGUCCCUACACCCUCCAGCACAUGUACUAAGCGCACCACAGUGGAAGAGUAUUUGAUGGAUGCUGCAAGAACUGGAACCGGGUGGACUGGUUAGGGAUCUCAGGAUCCCAGUGAUGUACGAUGAGUGCCUAAAAACGCCAAGCAAAGGAAGCUGAAGAUGGGAAACACGCAACGCAAAAGCACGAGGGGAAUUCUUCAGCAGAGAGCAUAUUUUAUAAAUGUGUGAAAGCUGGGAAUAAAUCGCUGCGGAUUGGGCCCAUGAGUGUACCUACCCCCAAAAAUCGAAACAUAUAUACAUAUAUGAAUGUAAUCUAUAUACGAUAUAUACAAUAUAUACGAUAUAUAGACGUUGUGUAUGUGCUGCUAUGCUACGAUAGAUGCAACCUUAGAUGAUCCAAUUGUCUUUGGCCAGUACUGUAGGGACUUUCAGUUUACAAACUAAAUGAAACCUAGUUUUAGCCUAAAGCAAAUGUUAUUUAGAUUAUUAUCUGCCCCCUCCCAAACCCCUACCCCUUGCACAUAUCUUCCGACAAGUAAUCUUAAUGAUUAGACUCGAUUUUUGAGACACAUUUAGUUUGAAAUAAAAACAGAAAACAGCAAACAGAAAAAGAUAAACACAAGGUUUUUGCACUUUUGAAAAUAGUUUUCCCUUUACUUUGCACUCAUUUCAAUUCGAUGACAAACAAAAAAAAAACAAUUUCAA